UCACGUUUGAUCCGAGGAAGGAGAGAACAGCUCCAACAACCGGGAUGAAGAGCCCCUCAGCGGCUACUGAAGACUAUUAUUAAAAUCAUAAUUAAGCGCUAAAACCACAAGGGUCAUGAAGCAUCACUGGAGAGAGGGUGCCAGCCAUGGUUACCAUGACAACCGUAUAAAACAAACAUUCCAGGUGGCACAACUGCCACUAUGGGGAAAAUGGAUCCCUUAUUUUUAGCUCUAAGUUAUUUUAAGAGACGCAAAUUUGAAAAGUGUAUAACAGCAUGUACGGAACUGCUGGCCAAGAAUCCUUAUGAUCAGGCCGUGUGGAGUCUGAAGACACGAGCGCUCACUGAACAAGUGUGGGUCGAUGAAUGUGAUGGUGAAGAGGAGGGUUUAGCCGAUGUCUUAAUGGAUGACAAUACUAUAGCUUCUGUUGCACGACCUGGUACAUCACUUCGUACUGCCCCUCCCUCCACCGCUGAUGGACCCUCACAAACCUUCAGGCCUUCAACACAGUCUGGUAGACCUCUGAGUGGAGUGGUUCGACCCGGUUCACAAGGUGGACGGCCUGGUACAAUGGAUCAGGCAUUACGCACUCCUCGCACUGCUCAGACAGCACGACCUAUGUCAGCUACAUCUGGUCGACAUGUGCGUCUGGGUACAGCCUCAAUGCUGUCAACAACAGAGGGACCAUUUAUCAAUUUAGCGCGUUUAAAUAUUGCAAAGUACGCAACUCAGCAGAAUAUUGCAAAAGCCUUGUUUGAAUAUAUUUACUUUCAUGAAAAUGAUGUCAGGCAUGCAUUAGACCUGGCAGCACAAGCCACACAAGCGCAGGAGUUCAAAGAUUGGUGGUGGAAAGUGCAGCUUGGACGAUGUUACUACAGACUUGGAUUGUUUAGGGAUGCUGAAAAGCAGUUCAAGUCAGCACUGAAGCAACAAGAUCACAUCAAUACUUAUCUCCUCCUGGGCCGUGUUUACAUUCGUUUAGAUCAACCAAUCGGUGCCCUAGAGGUGUACAAGGAGGGACUUGACAAAUACCCUGGAGAAGUUACUUUGCUUACUGCAAUAGCAAGGAUUUAUGAGGGUCUUCAUGAUCUGACAAAAGCAGUGAAGUUUUACAAGGAUAUCUUGCAUCAUGAUGCAACCCACGUUGAAGCAAUAGCAUGUAUUGGCACCCAUCACUUCUACACUGACCAGCCAGAGGUGGCUCUACGCUUUUACAGACGCUUACUGCAGAUGGGCAUUUACAACUGUGAGAUAUUCAACAACUUGGGUUUGUGUUGUUUUUAUGCCCAGCAAUAUGAUAUGACGCUCACUUGUUUUGAAAGAGCACUCAGCCUCGCAACAGAUCACAGCGUAGCUGAUGUAUGGUACAACUUAGGGCAUAUAGCCUUGGGUAUUGGAGAUAUAAACCUGGCUUACCAGUGCUAUCGUUUGGCUCUUGUUGCUAACAAUGAUCAUGGGGAGUCUUACAACAACUUAGGAGUGCUGGAGUAUCGCCGAGGAAACCUAGAUACAGCUCGUGCCUUCUUCAUGACAGCAGCCAGUUUAGCCCCACACAUGUUCCAGCCACAUUUUAACCAUGCUAAACUUGCUCAUAAGGUUGGAGACCUGCAGACAAGCUACAUUAUAGUUCAAAAGGCGCUCGCACUUUUUCCUGGACAUGUUGACUCUAAGGAACUCCUGAAGACUCUAGAAACACACUUUCAUACUUUGUAAUAAGCAAUUAUGGCAUCUAUUCAUAUUCUCAGUGGCAUGAAAGCUGCUUAAAUAUUAAAGAUUUCAUCUGUUAUCUUAUCCUCAUUAAAAUAAAAGAAUGAGAGUCCCCUACAAUUACAGCAGUUGAAAAUAAAAGUGACAAGUUCUAUAAAUUUAUGUUAAUUUUAUUAAUACUGCACUCAAGUUUUUUUUUUUUUUAUUAUCACACUGGCCGAUUCCCACCAAGGCAGGGUGGCCCGAAAAAGAAAAACUUUCACCAUCAUUCACUCCAUCACUGUCUUGCCAGAAGGGUGCUUUACACUACAGUUUUUAAACUGCAACAUUAACACCCCUCCUUCAGAGUGCAGGCACUGUACUUUCCAUCUCCAGGACUCAAGUCCGGCCUGCCGGUUUCCCUGAACCCCUUCAUAAAUGUUACUUUGCUCACACUCCAACAGCACGUCAAGUAUUAAAAACCAUUUGUCUCCAUUCACUCCUAUCAAACACGCUCAUGCAUGCCUGCUGGAAGUCCAAGCCCCUCGCACACAAAACCUCCUUUACCUCCUCUCUCCAACCUUUCCUAGGCCGACCCCUACCCCGCCUUCCUUCCACUACAGACUGAUACACUCUUGAAGUCAUUCUGUUUCGCUCCAUUCUCUCUACAUGUCCGAACCACCUCAACAACCCUUCCUCAGCCCUCUGGACAACAGUUUUGGUAAUCCCACACCUUCUCCUAAUUUCCACACUCCGAAUUUUCUGCAUAAUAUUU